AUGAGGGGCUCACUGUUCACGGCCGUCGUUCUCGCUCUGACUUGGCUGACGUCGGCGUUCCUGCUGCAGGAGUUGCCGCUGGAGCGCUAUGAAAGGCGUGAUCUUGAGAGCUUUCCUUUAGGGUAAACUACUCACUUUAUCCUCGCGUUUAUCGCAUCGGGAAUGGCUCAAGAAAUUCGAACUUGAGCUUGUCUUCCUCCUUUAAAAUGACGAAUUAAAAAUUUUUUGAAGUCAUGCAGCGCAGGUAGUUUCUGGUCGGGUGCAAACUUAAACAACUUUUGAGCCAUUCCUAGAAAGGCGUGAGCUUGAGAGCUUUCCUUUAGAAUAAAAUACUCACUUCCUCCGCGCGAUGGUCGCAUUGGGAAUGGCUCAAGGAUCGCGGCGGCAGAGAAAAUCGAAAUUGAGCUUGUGUUCUUCAAAAAAAAAAAUUAAUUAAACUUUUUUUUUUGAAUUCAUUUUGCGCAAGUAGAUUCUGGUCGGGUGCAAACUUAAACAACUUUUGAGCCAUCCCUAGAAAAACGCGAGCAUUGAAAAUGGCUCGGAAAUCGAGUCUAUAGUCUGUUCAGAUUUUGAAUGUCAAGUAGAAUGACCUCAUUCGAAAACGCUGUGGAUGGCUCGCUCUCUGAUUGGUUUAUCGCGCCAUUAGGGGGCGGAGCUUCAGCGAGGACUUGACAUUUAAAAUCUGAACAGACUAUAUAAAUGAAAAAUCAGCCUUCAACUUAUAGUUUCGUAUGUCCCGACUCGAAACAGUUUCAAAAACAAAAAUUAAUCAAAACUUCUUUUUUUUUUUGGUUUUGCGCUAUUAAAACAAAAGACUUGUUUCUACCCAUGCUGAAAUGCGUAAGUAGUUUCUAGUCGGGCGCAAAGGGAAUACUAUUUGUUUGGAGUCCUUCUUACGUUAGAAGAAAAAAAUUAUAACUUCAAAAAUUUUUUUCUGACUCCUCUUUCCUUUUUCUUAUCUCUAUGAUUUUUUUCUCUGAAAAACUUGAGAAUUGAGAACAGCUGGAGUCUAGUUUUUAUUUCACCUGCUCAAAAAUAGAAUUAUGUUUAUGAGCAUCAAAAUGAGUUCGACUUUCCCAGUAAAAUGAUAAAAAUCCAGAAAUAAAAAUAUUUUUCAGAUUCGAACGCAACGCGAGGAAUGGACAGCUUUUCAGGACAUUGCCGCAUUAUUAUUUCCGUUAUAGGUUCGUUUUAACCUUUGAAAAUAUUCAACUUUGAAAAAAAAAAUGAAGUGUUUCGAUGCGGAGAAUUGAAAAAAUUCAAAAAUUUUAGAAUUUUUAUCAAGUGCGCUCUAUGGAUAAUUGUUGCGAGUUUUAUGAUGCCGUGUUCAAUUUGAUUCCGCGAAAUGCAAAAUGAUUUCUGACUCUCCAAAAUCUAGUGAUCUUUUCCUUUCUCUAACGGGUAUUUUGCAUUUCGGGGAAUCAAAUUGAACACGGCAUGAUUUUUUGCGAUUUUUGGUUCAUUUUUUAACAAAGUCGCAAUUUAGGUCAAGUUCAAAUUGAUAGCUGAUUUUGACAAAUAUUAAUAGUCAGUAGUGUCUUUUCCCGGAUUUCGUCUUUUUUUUUUAACUUAAAAUGUGAAAUAGUUGAUUUACGAGUGCUGAAGUUAAUAGAACCAUUACAAACAUUUAAAACUUCGAAAAAUAUUUGUUCAUUAUUAUUAGGGCAAAGUCGGAAUGGUGGAUAAUGGCCGCUAGAGGGGAGAGGCUCAAAAAAGGCUGCAAAAAGGCAGCAAAAGGGCCGCAAAGAGGGCGCAGAAAGGGUCCCUUUAUCAAGCCUUCCAUUUUAUUCUGGGAUUUUAAAGGCUCAAGAAAUGGUGGGAGGCGGCAAAAAUGGUGCAUAAGAGCCGAUGAAAUGGCGCAAAAAUGUAGCAAAAAAGGAACAUUUUUGGAGCCUUUUCCGACCCUUCCCGACUUUGCCUGUGUAUCAGUUCAGCAUAUUUUCUUCUUCGAAAAACCUAAAAACCCUUCUCAAACCUUCUGGCCAAAUUUUUUCGAUUCAUUCAACCUUUGUUCGAUUUUUCUUCAAGAAGUCUUCCUUCCAAACCAAAAUCCCAUUUCCAGAAGCAUGCUCGGCCAAAACUAA